GGUGCACGACCCAGAGAUCGAGCUGCCCACAAAGCAGGCGAUGCAGUUGUUUCACGCGCUGCCCAAGAGUCAUCCGACUCGCAAGGCGUUGCUGGAGGCUGCGCACUGUCACAUGAAGUUCCAGGAGGAUGUCAAGCCCGGCCAGGAGGACCCCUUCCUCUCCGCCAAGCAGCUGGCGCUUUGGGUGGAAAGGGUCACUGGCCGCCAGGCGUCCAACUGGCACGAUCUCAGCAUCGGCGCCAACUUCCACAAACAGCCGCUGCAUGUGUCAGCAAUAGCUCCUCCAGGGCGGCCGGGCUGGUUACGGGAUGACCAGGAGGGCCGCCCUGGCGUGAGCAGAUACAUCCCAGGUGAGCGCUGGUACGAUGCACUGAUGGGCUUUGUGGCCUUCAUCUACCAAGGCUACCACCCGCAGAAGCACCAGGCCACUGUCGAGGUGACCCGAUACCUCUCCAUGGCCUUUCCGGUGAAGGGCAAAGAACUGGCGCGCCUGGCAGACUCACUGGAGAAGCACGGGCAGAACCUGUUGCCGACGAAGGCGCAGAAGGUCAUCGCCUCCUGGUCCAUCGAUGUAGGCCUGGGCGACCCUAGCUUUGACGCCAGCGAUGCCUCCUACGAGGAGCCCAAGAGCGGCCUGGUGCACAGGUUGAUCGGUGGCAAUACGUCUGCGCUUCAGUCCCUGACCUGCCCAACCAGCAGCACCUGCAACUUGUGGAACCUGCUACACGUGACCUGCACCGCCGUGGCGGCGAGGGGCUUCUCCAAGCGGACCUUGAUGGGAGAUGGCAGCAUCCUCUCGCACGGCUUCAGCGGCGGCACAGCGCUGCCGGUGACCGUGGAGCUGGGCAUCCGGGAAGCGCAGGCCUUCGUGCGCACCUUCGUCGACAACUUUCUCACGUGUCGGCAGUGCCGGCAGCGCUUCAUUUGGGACUAUGACCAAUGCAACUACGGGCGCUGCGAGUACAAGGACUGGAGGUCGUUGCCGCUUUGGUUGUGGCGAGUACACAACGCCAUCAACCUGCAUGUGGCAUCGCAUGAGCACCUCUCCACCGACCGGCGCUGGCCAAUGUACCAGGACUGCCCCAGAUGUUGGCGUCAGGACCUGGUUAUGGGCACUCCCCGGAAGCUCUCCAUCUACGACAGGGAGGCGCUUUCAGAGAGCCGCUGGUCCACGGAAGAGUUGGACAUGCCGUUCGACAAGAAGGCCGUCUUCUGGCACUUGAUCGGCACCUUCGUGGGGGUGCGGCGCAUCAUCUUUGACCUUGCGGACUUCACCGGGGAGGAGAAGGAGAAGGUGAAGAGCAUGCUCCACAAGCAGGGCAUCGCGUUACCGGGAGGCCUCCCUCGCCAGGAUCUGGGGUUUCCUGGCGAGAGGCUGCAGCCCCUCGAUGUGAGUCAAAGCGCUCACUCUGCGAGCCAAAUCUUCCUGGCGUUGCUGGCCAUGGCAUCUGGGGUGGCGAUCAUGAUCUGCUACUUUGGGCAAGACGCCGACGGUGCAAUGGAUAUCGAUGCCGAAGACAGGGAGUUUGGCCGGGAAGCACGUGCGCCCAUGUUCCGGCCAGCAGCUCCUGAGGCGGAGCCUGAGCUGGUCAAGGAUACUCCAGCGCCAGAAAGCACAGAAGCCGCAACAGAAGCAGCGGAAUGAGUCGUGAAAAGCAGCGAUCGAUUGUUAUGAUGCUUAGCCCGGAUUACUUGGUGGGGUGGGUUGGAGUGAGAUUGGAGUGGAGU